AUGAUGUACUGUGACGUGGCUCAGGAGUGGCUGCUCCUGGUGCAGACGGUCUUUAUCCCGACUGUGUUCCUAGGAGUGCUGGUGGUGGGGCUCAUCCUGAACCUGCUGUCCCUCUGGAUCUUCUUCACCCGGGUCAAGCCAUGGAGCCGGAGUACCCUGUUCCUCUGCAACCUGGCGCUGGCCGAUGUCACCUGGCUCCUCAUGCUGCCCUUCCUCAUCCAGUACCACCUGGGGCGGCUCGACUGGAUCUUCGGAGAGGCCAUGUGCAAGCUGAACCGUACCGUGUACCACUCCUGCUUCUACUGCAGCAUCUACUUCAUCACCUGCGUCAGCGUGGACCGCUACCUGGCCAUCGUGCACCCGCUUAAGUCCAUCUCCCUGCUCACCAGGCGCCAGUCUCUGCUGGUCUGCCUGGCUGUGUGGGUGAUCACCUCCGCGGUCAGCUACCCCGUUACCAAGAUGGCCACCGUCCAGACCUGCCCCGACAACAGAACAGUCUGCUCCCUGUACGUCUUCCUCAACAGCACCCACGAAAGCCUGCCCUUCUCCCUGGUCUGCACUGUCACGGGCUGUCUGGGGCCCUUCUGCGCCAUCUGCUACUGCUACUGCAGCAGCGUGCGUCAGCUCCGGAAGCAGCCUCACCUAAGCCGGUGGUCCCAGAAAAGGCGCAAGCUGGCCAAGGUCAUGUACUCGGCCCUGCUCAUCUUCGGAGUGCUCUACCUGCCCUACCACCUGAUCAGGAACUUGGCCAUCGCGCUGCAGGCCGCUGACCCCGGCGUUCUGCGCCCCCCUGUUCUCAGGGCGGAGACGGCGUUCGCCAUCGAGAUGGCCGUCUGCAGCCUCAACACCUGCAUAAACCCGCUCUUCUACUUCCUGACUGGGGGAGACUUCCGCCACCACUUCUUUGAGAUGUUCCCCUGCUUGAGCGGCCGGGUGAAGCCGAGACCGCCGGGGCAGAAUGUACAGCUGCACGUAGGGACUAUCGGUCCUGUGUGA